UCCGCGGUGCGAGCGACUGUCAAUAACAAUAUGAAAUGUAGCAAAAGUGAUUUGACGAGGGAGUAUUUUAAGCAAGCUUACGACCUGCUAUAUUACUUACAUCUUAAUGGACUUGGCUACAUGCGUUUUGAUGUGGGGCUAUUUACCUUUUCUGACGAAGAAGGUCAAAAUAUUUACCCUUAAUAUUAUGACACAGCAAUUGAGUGCCGUCUCCCCAUCCACACACGGACAUGCCUGGACCUGGCCAUCUCCGCAUGAGGCGGUUUGGUGAUGUGAUUCAGUCAAAGCUAUGGCGCAGAAGAAGGAGACAAGGCGUCGCAUUUGUGUUGUGACAGUACCAUCCCUUGCUCUCUUUUUUGCUAUCCAGAGGAGGACAGAGAAAAAGAAGAGUGGGGAAGAAUGGAGUGGGAUGGGACAUAUGAGCGAGUGGACUGGGAGAACAUGUGGACCCAGGCAGCUAGAGGAGAUGGCAGGGUGCGAGAACGGGGAGGAGAGGAUCCUGGGCCUGAAGACCAGAAGACAAAAAACACUGAUGUGGCUGGAAGACCGAGUAUAAAUGCAAUUCAGACACCAGAUGGAAGAGAUAAAUGUAAAACGACAGAUGGAGUUGACAAACUGGACAAGAAAAGAGAAAUUCUAGAGUCAAUACAAAGAGCUUCCCGAAGGCACGUGGAGAUUAUGGGCACAGCUGGAAAUGGAGAAACUCUCCAUGCCAGUCUCUCACUUUCCUGUGACCGUCCAAGUGUCCUGUCCACCGCUUCCUCAUGUCUUUCUCCCUCUGCUCUCCUGUCCACUUCGUCGCUGUCCUCCUCCACCUCCUCCCCGCAGCUCUCUCUCACGCCCCCUCUCCCCCCUUCUGUCGAGAUGGACGCAGUGCUGGUUGGUAGGAGGCUGGUGCUAGAUGUAUAUCGGGGUGGGGGAGCGGUGAUGCCUGUUCUUUGGGACAGUGUGCCAGACCGCAUGAGGCAGCUGCAGCACCUCCAGCUGGGCUCAGAGGACGAGGAGGCACUACACGGAGGUUUGGGGAUCUUGCCCUGUCUUACCCAGCUGCGCUCCUUAACCAUUCGAGGCCACCGAUUCUACGAUGCCCAGGGGGACCCCCUCCCGGGCCUCCUGACCUCCCUCCCUUCGUCCAUCUCCUCUCUGUCCCUCCUCAUUCACCUGGAUCUCUCCUUCAACUGCCUCUCCUCUGUCCCGCCCUGCCUUCUCUCUCUCCCUCACCUCUCGGAGCUUCUACUGGGUCAUAACCAGCUGCGGCAGCUGCCGGGGGAGCUCGGUGGCCUGGUGGCCCUGCGACACCUCAGUGUGCUGGGGAACGAGCUAGAGGCCCUGCCCCCAGGUCUGGGGCUCCUGCUGGGGCUGCAGGAGCUGGACGUGUCCUUUAACCAGCUGGAGCGUCUGCCUGAAGAAAUGGGCCUACUGCAUCACCUGCACACACUGGAGCUCUCCAGUAACAAACUCAGAGAACUGCCGGAGACACUGGGUUCCUUACAUUCUCUGAAGGUACUGGCAAUUCACAGUAACGAGUUGCGGAAUGUUCCAGAGUGUGUCAAGUCCCUCCCUCAGCUCACCAGACUGGACGUACGGAACAACCCACUGGGACGCCCCCCGACUCCUCUGGCCCUUCCUUGUGCACCAGCAGCUCAAGACGAGACUCCAAUCCCUGAGCUUCAUCUGGCAUUCAACCAGCACAGUUUCUCAGUGUCUCCUGCUGGAUGCAACGUGUACCUCCCUGGAGGGGCGGAGCUACUGUUUCCACGGGGUUGUGUUGAAGGGGUUAUACACUUCAACUGGGCAGAAAGAAAACCAGAUAAGAAGUGGGUGUGGCUUGAGGAGCAUGAUUUCCUACUCAGUCGUCCUUUGGAGCUCCUCCCACAUGGUGCUAUAUUUGAUAAGCCUGUGGAAGUUUGCGUCCCCUACCACAGGACGCGAAAGGGCGAGGUGGUGGUGCGCAAGUGUGAUGGUCAGUCCUGGAGCACACUAGACACCAUAACCAGAAGAGGGAGCGAGAGGCACUGUUGUAAACCACGAGGCAGGCCUGCGUGGCUGGCCUGCUGCACUGUGAGCCAGUUCUCUUGGUUUGUAGUUGUCUCUCGUCCUGUCAGCGACAGUUGCCUAGUGUCGCCAGUAGGGGCGUUGUUGGUGUCUCGGUAUGACCCUGGGAUCAAAGUCAACUUUCCCCCGGACUGCACAACCUAUACACGCACUGUCACACUGCAGGUCUUGCAGGUUUCGCUGUCUGAGAUGCGGGAUCUGACGGGAGACCCGCAGGCCAGUGCCAGUCCCCUCCUCUGCCUCUCCCAAACUCCUAACAUGCACUUCCUGCAGCCAAUCAAAGUGCAGGUCCCCCUGCCUGCCGGACUCACUGGCCACAACUUGGAAAUGUCUCGUCUGUACCUACUACAUGGUGACCCUGUGGCCCACACCUGGACUGAUGUUACUGCUCAGACCUCUCUCAGCGUCACACAGCUAUACGCCAUCUUUUCUGUUACACACUUUUCAUGGUACUGGCUGUGGUACACCACUCAGAGCUGCAUUAGUGGAGUGGUGAGGAAAGUGUACCACAGGCUGAAGCAGUUCAGGGUUCAGUUUCUGGUGCUGCAGAGAAAGUCAGACCUCACACAAGUGCUGCUGCAGUGCUUGCCUUCAGACAAGGUUGACAGCAGGUUGACCUCUCUGUCAGAACAAUAUGAUGGUCCUCAGCCAUCAGAUGUGUGUAAUAUACUGGAAGGAGAGCAGUUCUUUGCUGGAUUUGAGCGCGGCAUCGAUGUCAGUGCAGACCGGCCGGACUGCAUGGAGGGCAGGCUGGCGUUCACCUUUUACUCCCACCUGAAGAACAUUAAGGAGGUGCAUGUGUGUCCCGCACUACAGCAGGAGGGGCCAGUCCGCGGCCAGGUGUCCUUCUACAGAGGAGAGGUGCCCAGCGAUCUGCCAGAGGAAGUGGCUCUGAGGAGGAAAGGCCAUGACAGCCAAUGGAUGGCCACACUCCCCCUAAGACUUCCUGGCGCUGGGUCUGAGGGCAGUUUGUAUGCGGACAGGCAGUCCCCGCCACUGGACCUGGGUGAUCCGGAGAGUGGCUACUUGACGCAGACCAACCUGCUGGCCAUCUCGCUACGCAUCAGCCAAGACUGGCGCUGCAUUGGCAUCAACCUGGGCCUCAGCUACCAGGAGCUGGACCGCAUCCAGUACAAGCACAGAGAUAACCUGGGAAGCCUGGUGCUGGAGAUGCUCUUCCACUGGGCACGCACGCAGCAGAAGGCAGGACCAGGCGCGGUUCCACGGCUUAUCGACGCGCUGAUGCAGAGUGGCAGACGGGAUCUGGCAGAGGAAGUGGAGGACAUAGUGAGUCUGGGGAAGAGGAAGUACACGGAGUCACUAAAGAGAGUGGGCCUAGAGAUGGAGCACCCGACAACCUCUACUCAGUCUCAGCCAACCUGAAGUACACGAAAUCAGACUGAGUGUGCCAGGCACACAGAUUGUACAAUACACAUCUAAAUAAUGGUAAUGUAUUUAAGACCAGCCAGACCCUUUUGUUAGAUGAGUUUCCUGGGGCUGAGCUUGGCAGGCUGAGACAGCACCUCACACAGGCCUGCUAGGCCACUGCCUCUUUCACUGCGUCUCUAAUGUCCAGAGUCUUGAAGUAGCCUUUGGGCUUCACUGCACAUGUCAAACCACUGGGACCAAAAAAACAACACAACAAAAAGACAGCAAUUACUCUGAUAUCUUGGGCAAGACAAAUUAAUGAUGAUACAUAGCAAUUUUUUCAUAAGUUUUGUGAUUACACAUUGUAAUGAGGCUUGAUUUUAACCUUAACCAUGGGAGUGGAAAAAAUAUGUACAAGGUUCCGUUUUCAUUUAAGUAAUUAAUAUCAGUUCUGUGACUGUUUUAAAAAAUACGUUUACUGCCUGUUUUUAAUGCCCAAAUGGAUUGCCAGAGCUAUUAAAUGUACUGUGUAUAU